AUGGCUUCACGAGUGGUGCUCUCGCGGCGCUCCCUGGCACCGCUGGCGGCCAUGGCCCUCGGCGGCAUGGCACUGGCUCCGGCUACUGUUUUCGCCGAAGGACCCAGCGACCUCAAGAGAAAACCCAUCUACGACGAUUACGAUAUCCCGACAGCAAAUCCCGCACCUGUAACACCACCACCCGUUGCUGCGACACCCGUUGAGCCAGUCGACGAUGAGGAGAGGCAUCACUCGCCUACUCCUACUGAGCGGCUGGCCGUCCAUAUUGGUAGAGGUCGCCUGGCUCUGUACAAGUACGCAGUAGCUGCUGAGAACAAGGUCAACGAGACCAUGGAUUCAGCCUUCAAUCUCGAGCAAUCUUUCACCAGUACCAUCGCUUCACUGGCUCCCUCCCGUGAAAGCGGCGAGCAACUUAUGCCCGGUGCCAUUUACGUUCUGGUCGCUGCUAUGGCCGGUAGCAUCAUUACUCGCAAUCGCAGCAUUAUCCUCCGCGCUUCGCUCCCCCUCGCCCUGGGUAUCGGCGCUGGCUGGACCGUUCUCCCUGUCACCAUGCGCAACAUCUCCGACCUGACCUGGAAGUACGAGCAGAGGUUCCCUGUUAUCGCCGAGUCUCACAUCCGACUGCGCGAGAGUAUCGUCAACAGCGUCAGCUUUGCCAAGGCACAUAGCCAGGUCGGUGUCCGUUAUGUCGACGAAAAAGUGACAGAUGCACGAGAGGCUGUUGAGGGCUGGGUCCAGAAGGGCAAAUAA